AAGAGAUGAUAUUCAAAACAGCUACCAUAUCUUUGGGAGUGUUGUCUGUCAUCUUGGGAGUAGUUCUAACACUAUAUGUUGUUGCUGUGACGAAGGUUCACAAGGAGGUUACUAUCAAGAAAUCCAGAUAUGUUCACAGCACUAAAUCAGCAGCUGCUCGUGGUGGUAAGAAGGUGGAGACCCACAGUAACACAGCCUAUGGAGUGGUACCAGUACAAAGAGAGGAACCAGAGUACGAAGUGAUUCCACUGUCUCAAAGUCCACUGCCUCUGGCCACUGACUGAGAACAGAUGAUACUGACUUCUAGUUUAUUUAUUACAUGUGCAUUCCCAUUUUAAAAGCUCGGUGAAAAA